AUGGGUAUAGAUUUACAGUAUAUUUUAGGGUUUAGAGUUAAAGUUACGAAUUUGAUUGAUGGGGUGACAGAGGGUAAGAUAUACUCAUUCAAUUCCUCAAAUGGUACGAUCAUAUUACAAACCGCCAAAAAAGGAAAUUUCGUAUGUUCCUUCAAGAUGAUUAAGUGUUCGUUCAUUAAACGACUGGAUGUGAUCGAUGAACAGUCUAAAAAUAAUACUUUGAGAAAACAACCGUUGAAACCGAGUUAUGUGAAUAUUGAUAAAAUUCAAAAUCUCCUUAGAGAUAUUAUAGAGGGCCAAAACAAAAGUACAAUUAAAUCCGAGAGUCAGACACCUGAAGAAGGUAAGACCGUAUUUGAUAUUUUAGCAAAAACUAUCCCAGAUGUUGAAUGGCAAGGCAGAGAUAUCGUUGUCCUGAAACAUAUUAAAGUAAUGUAUCCAUACAAGAUCGAGAAUGUUGUGCAAUUGAAACAAUCAGAUAAUAGCAACUCAUUUCAAUUGGUCAAGAAAAUAGUUGAAAGGGGUUGGAGCCAAAUUGAAGAAGAUGGUGGACGUAAAGGCGGUUAA